AUGGAGAGCAAUAAGCAGCAUUUUCGUCAUAUUUUACUUUUUAACUUCAGAAAAGGUAAAAAUGCUGUCCAAGCGAGAAAAAAAUUGACGGAUGUGUAUGGAGAAGGCGUGUUAACAGUACGCCAGUGCCAGAACUGGUUUGCAAAAUUUCGAUCCGGCAAUUUUGAUGUCGAAGAUGCACCACGGUCUGGAAGGCCGGUCGAAGCUGACAAAGAUGCGAUAAAGGCAUUAGUUGAUGCAAAUCGGCGAAUCACCACACGAGAGAUCGGUGAGAGGUUAAAUUUGUCGAAUUCAACUGUUUAUGGCCAUUUGAAAGGCAUGGACUUAACCUCGAAGCUCGAUGUGUGGGUGCCCCAUGUCCUUACCGAGCGAAAUUUGUGUCGUCGUGUUGACGCGUGUGAUUCGCUCCUCAAACGUCUAGAAAAUGAUCCAUUUUUGAAGCGGAUUAUUACUGGGGACGAAAAAUGGGUUGUAUACAACAAUGUUAAACGCAAGAGGUCAUGGAGCAGAAAAGAUGAACCGGCUCAAAGCGUGUCAAAAGCCAACAUUCACCAAAAAAGGUGA